GCCAUUGGCAUUUUUUUCCUGUCUAGAGCUCAGGCAUUUGAACCUUCGGGGUUGUUUGAUUAAACCCCCCACCAAUUUCCAAGGUUUUGGCCAUCUGAUUAGCCUGAAACUCUGUCAAGUGAAUAUUGCAGAGGAUGUACUGGGAAUUUUGAUGUCCAGUUCCCUGCUACUGGAGCAGUUGACCGUUGUAGAGAUCCCGGCCAUCUUGAACUCCCUUGAGCUCAUAGCGCCCAAGUUAAAAUCUGUUUUCUUCAAAAGCUCUGUAAAAUCUAUCUUAUUCAAGAAUACCCCGGUUCUUGCAAGGGUUUCGCUUGUUCCUAGAAACCAAGACAUGGACGGAAAAUUUCAUGUGGGGGGAGCAACUUCAUGAUCUCCUGAGUCUUGAGAAUCUGCAUUUGCACUAUGCGUACUUCAAGUCUCUAGAUGCAGGUGGAAUCCCUGCAAAGAUUACAACUACACUAAUCCACCUUAAAGUUGUUAAGCUAGAAUAUUUAUGCUUUGAAGAGGUGAAUGAGAUUGCUGUUCUUCUGUGUUUACUGAGAAGCUCUCCCAACUUAGAAGAGUUAGAAAUUCUGGUAUACAAGGUUGACGAGUACGCUGAAGGUCAAGCUUCAAAUUUUCUGGAUGUGCAGGAAUAUUCUCAACUGACUUUAAAUCAACUUCGGCAAGUGAAGCUGCAAAACAUUUCUGUAACAAGAUCUGAGAUGGAAAUCAUUAAGCUUUUACUGAAAAAGUCCUCAAUUCUGGAGAAAAUGUUGAUCAAGCAAGCCCCCAUGAAAGAAAACAUCAAAAACAAAGUAACAGAAAUUGGGAUCUUGAAACAAGUGACAAGGUUUCACAGGCCUUCACCUAGAGCAGCAGUCAUAUAUGAAGAUCCAAUCAUUAGUUAAUCCAAAGCAAGUCAGUCAGAGAAGAGGGUUCAAGGUUUGGAGUUAAUUAGUACCCAAAUAAGUCAUUUCUCAAGUUAAUUGGCAUUUUCAAAACUUUUUUUUUUUUUUUUUGAUUCUGCAAGACUGUGUUACUGUAUUCUUGGUAAAUAAUACAGUAAUUAAUUUGGGUUC